AUGGCGCGCCCGUGGCUGGCCGCGUGCGCGCUCCAGGCGACCUGCCCCGACUGCACGAAGAUCCUGCCGCAGUGGGUGCAGGUCGCGCGCGACCUCCAGGACCGCAAGGACCUGGUACUCCUCACCGUCGCCGACCCGCAGGGGCUGGCCCCCAGCCCGUACGAGCACGACGAGAACCCCGCCGUAUUCUUCGCCAGGCCGCGCGCCGGGGCGGCAGCAGGCGCCGAGGCGGCCGCGGGCGCGGGCCUGCCGGACCUCAGCGCGAGGCUCCUCGCUGAGCUCGCGCGCCACGAGCGGGAGGGCGCGCGGGCGCAGCUCGAGGUGGUGCGCUCGAAGUACCUCCUGCGCCUGGGGCCGCAGGCCGCGGGCAGCGAGCCCCUGGCCGUGCUCGCCGCGCGCUUCCUGGACGGCCAGGCCCCGCCAGCGUCUGCCGCGCCUGCACGGCGUCCUUUCGGGCUCGCGCGCGCGAGCAUGUUGCGGCGCGCGAGCGAGGUUCUGCUGCGCUACGGGGCGGACCCAGGUGGCCACGAUGCGGCGCUGCGGAGGAGAGGCAAUGCCCGCUGGUACACGACUUGGUACCGCAAUCGCGGCACCUUGGCGGCAGAGGAGCGGCCAGCCCGGGACGAGGUGGAAAAGGAUGUGCACGCCAGGCUGAUGCACAAGGUGCGCGAGGGCUGGCGCUGGUGGAACUGGCAGAAGUUCAAGCGCCAGAGGAGGAGGAGGGACGUGGCCCCGAUGCAGGGCGUAGAAUGCGACGAGGCCCGCGUGAAGCUCGCCAGGGAGGCGGCGAGAGACGGAGCGGGGACGAGGAUGCACGUGAUGUGCGGGUCCUUCCUGUCGCCGCUGGCGGCAAAAGCGGCGGGAGGAGAGAAGUUCGAUGAGGCCUGCCGCUGCGUGUGUCCUGGCUGCGACGCAGACUUGCCAGACCAGGACCACAUCAUGUGGGGAUGCGCGUGCCGACCUUCGUGGGCCCCUGACAGGCCGAGGGACGAGCUGCAGGUGCGGUGGGGCUGGCCAGCGGGACGCAGCUGUGAGGAGGACAGACUGAUCCUGCGCUGGAUGGAAGAGGUGGCGGAGCGCACCUGGGAUGCCAGGUGUCCGGCCCGACAGUGGCAAGCGCCAAGGGGGGCGGCGCGGACGAACCCGCCAGGGGACGAGGAGGCGGACGACCUACUAGAGGAAGAGGCGGAGCUGCAGCGCCAGCAGGGCGAGGAUCCCGAGGGGCCUCGCGCGCGCGCGGUGCCGCUGUGGUCGGCGCUGGUCGCCGCGGGCGCGCCCGUGACCCCGCGGUACGUCUCGCUGCCGAGGUUCAAGGCCGCCGCAGAGCCGGACGAGUCGCGCCGCUUCUUCCACGAGCACGGCUUCGCCGUCUUCCGGGCCGCCUCCGCGGGCGACGUGUCGCGGGCCGAGGGGCUCUUCUGGGACUACGUGGAAGGCCUGGGCACCGGCGUCGACAGGUCGCGGCCGCAGACCUGGACGGACGAGCGCUGGCCGACCACGAGGACGCACAACGGCUUGCUGGCGUUCUUCGGGAUCGGCCAGAGCGAGUUCCUCUGGUACCUGAGGAGCCUACCAGAGGUGCGGGCCGCUUUCGCGGCGUUGUGGGGCUCCGACGACCUCCUGGCGUCGUUCGACGGCGCCACGGCGCUCCGCUUCCAGGAUCCCAGCUUGCACGUCAGCCACGACUACUGGUGGCACGUGGACCAGAAUCCGCGCAGCCAGCCCGCGUCCGACUGCCUGCAGGGCGUGCUACAGCUGACGGCCGCCUCCCCGGACACCGGCGGGCUGGUGCUGGUCCCGGGCUCCCACAGGCUGUACCCGCAGCUCUACGAGGAGCGGUACGGCGACAUGCUGGACGCGGCUAACCCGGAGCACCUGCACUUCGGCAUCCCGCCGUGGGACCCCCCGGUGCAGCGCCACCUCUCCGAGAGCGCGGUGCAGCCGGCCCUGGAGGCCGGGGACCUUGUCGUGUGGAAUUCCACCACGCUGCACUGCAGCUUCGUCGGCGCCGGCUUCGGCGCGCCGCGCGGGCGGAACCGCACGAGGAGGCCGCUGGCCCGCCUUGCCGCGUACGUGGCGAUGUCCCCGCGCUCGAAGGCCCCCGAGGAGGUGCUGCGCCUUAG